GUUAUAGUAAACAUUUUCCAACAUGCAUAUUCUAUUCUAUUUUCUCUUCGCAAUAUUAUUAUCCAUUAAUAUUUUCAUAACACGAUGUAAGUCCCAAAAAGACGAUUUCACUAUAGAUCUUGUACACCGUUACUCUACAAUCUCUCCAUUCUACAACUCUUCUAUGACUCACAAAGAACGUCUUCAAAUGUUAGCCCUUCACUCUGCUUCGAGGCAUAAAAACUUGAAAAAGCUCGUAACCAAUAAUCAUUUUGACACGAAUAUAAUCCCAAAUGACGGAGAUUAUCUGAUCAAGCUUGCGGUUGGCAAUCCACCAGUUAAUUUAUUUGCUAUCGCUGAUACUGGGAGUGACCUCAUAUGGGUACAGUGCGAGCCAUGUUACCUUUGUUAUUCGCAAACAACAACAAUAAUGUUCGACCCUCAAAAUUCUAGAACCUUCUCGACACUUCCUUGUAGCUCAUCAUUUUGCACCAAUUCUACCAACAUGCAAUGUAACGAUGAUGAUACUAGUACAGAAUGUGAGUAUUAUUAUGCAUAUGGAAAUGGUUCAACUAUUACUUCAGGGAUUAUGGGGACAGACUUAUUUACCUUUAAUUCAAAUAUGACCUCAUCUCCAUGUGUGUUUGGGUGUGGGCUUGUGCAAGAAGGAGAUGGGUUUGAUUCUAAUGCAGCUGGGCUAGUGGGCCUUGGUGGUGGCCCACUAUCACUUAUUUCUCAAAUGGGACCCACAAUAUCUUACAAAUUCUCAUAUUGCUUGACCCCUUUUGCCUCUAACUCUACAAGCAAGUUAACAUUAGGAGGCAACACUAAAAAUGGGCAACCCAAGUUUAUGACUCCUUUGGUGUCCUUAGAUAGCCCUACUUAUUACGCGGUUAAUUUAAAGGGAUUACGAGUAGGGUCAGAAGAACUAAUCGUAAACAAACCGUUAGUUAUUGAUAGUGGUUCGACACUGACUUAUCUAGACGCGAGUGUUUACUCGCGUCUAGAGGAUAUGGUACAAGGAGUCAUCCUUGGGACUCCAGUAUCGGACCCACCACAAGAGCUUAGCUUAUGCUAUGAUAACAAUUUGAGGGUUGAUCAACUUUCCUUUGAUAUAGCUCUUCAAUUUGAUGGGGGUGACCUUAUUCUUAAGGGACUAAACAUUUUCAUAGACUAUGAUGAAUAUUUUUGCUUAGCAUUUGUGCCCUCUACAGAGGAUGGUGACCCUUUAAUUCUUGGGAAUGUUGCUCAAGUGAACUUUAAAGUGGAGUUUGAUUUAAAGGGGAAGACUGUAUCUUUUACUCCUACUACUUGUAAUUAAGUUAAUGGGAAGCCUAUCCAAAAUUAGUAACCUUUUUUAGGUCAUGACUAGUUGGAAAAGAAUAAUGUAGCUUUUGAUACUCCAAUAAUUUAAAAUUUUCGUGAAAAAGUCUAUGUUGGCAAAUUAAUAAUCAUGUUUUGAUGAUACAAUCUAAUUUAAUAAUAUGAGGAGUAAUUAUAAUUUAAUCUACUAAUGUGAUAAUUAACUUUUGAGGAAAGUUUAUUUGCAUCAAUGAGUCCAUGACUCAUCGCUCACAUCCAUAAUUUUUUGGAACUACACUUGUUGCUUGUUGGUGUGUUUGAUAAAUGAUUUUUUACCCAAUUGAAAACUGACUCUAAGCCAAAAUGAAACAGCUAAUUUACUUGGCUUUUUUAUCGACUUUUGACUUAUUAGUCUACUUUUCUCUAAUAAACAAUCAAUAAAAUUAAUAUAUAAUUUUACCAAAAUAUCUUCUUAAAUAGUUUAAUCAUCCAGCUAGCUUAAACCAACUAAAAAAUCUAACAUUUUUAUUUAGUCAAUCAAAACAGCCAAUAAUCGAUAUUUAGUUGCCAAACACCCUAACUUAAUCUAGUGUUUGAAAGUUUUCACUUUCAUUUAAAUUAUUGAGGUUUGAUUCCUACCAUUUAUAAAAAAAUUAAUCCUUUUUUUUUUUGCCAGGAGGGAUUCUCACUUGUCAUGCAUUUAAGAGUAUUUUAUUAAUUUAAAUUUAAUAUGAAGAAAAGCAUGUCUAAGAUUAAAAAUAUGUAUACGCUAACUAAAAUAAAAAAGAUAUAUGUUUUCUUAUAAAAACAGAUACAGUCCAACCAAUCCCAAGUAAUAAACGCCUAAGUUACUUGCAUGUUAACUAUAACUUGUUUAUCACGAACAAUUAAGCAAAUUAAGGUAUUUUAAUCAUCAUAGCAUC